CACUGAUGAGGUCGGGUUCAGUGCUCAGAAACAACCUCUCACCCACCUUUUGCGAAUCGCAAUGUCAGAGCCGGCAUCGUCGGCAGCGGGUCCUCUUCUGAACAUCAAUGGGCUCCUAGACAAUCCUGUAUUCGCCGGAGGGUUUGGCCUGGCCUCGCUGGGCGCCGUGCUGGCCUUUGCGCGCCGCGGCGCCCUCACCUCAGCCAGCCUGAUCCGACGGCGUUUGCUGGUCAACGUCGAGAUCAGCAGACAAGACCCUGCAUAUCCCUGGAUACUAGCCUGGCUAUCUGAACCCCGUCCGCAGACCUCCUUCCUCGCCAAGCGACUCACGCGCAUCAACAAGCUAUCCGUGACGACCACGACGAGCACCACCCCCAACGGCCCCACGCAAGCCAGCUUCUUCCUGCAGCCUGGGUACGGCCGCCAUAUUGUCAAGUACAAGCACGCAUAUAUCGCAGUUAAUAGAGAGAAGCAGUCGACCGCGAAGACAAACACAGGCGAGCCUCACGAGACCUUGGAGUUGACUACAUUGUAUGCCCACCGACAUAUCUUUGAGGAUGUAUUUACCGAGGCGCGCGCACUUGCGCUUCGCGCAACCGAGGGGAAGACGGUGGUAUACUCAGUGAGGAACUUCGAUUGGGUGCCUCUUGGCACGCCGCGUAGGAAACGCCCUCUCGCCAGCGUCGUAUUGGACAAGGGGGUGAAAGAAGACAUUGUGAAUGAUGCGAGGGACUUCCUGGCCCGUCGCCAGUGGUAUGUCGAUCGCGGCAUACCCUACCGUCGAGGAUAUCUUCUCUACGGCCCUCCUGGUAGCGGAAAGAGCUCAUUCAUUCAAGCACUUGCCGGCGAAUUGGACUACAGCGUGGCGAUGAUUAAUCUAAGCGAGGUUGGUGUCACAGAUGACAAGCUCGCCUUCCUCCUUACUAAGCUACCGGAACGUUCUAUUGUAUUAUUAGAGGAUGCCGACUCCGCAUUUGUGAAUCGGAGGAGGCGAGAUGGUGAUGGGUAUAGUGGUGGGACUGUGACCUUCUCUGGACUUCUGAAUGCUCUAGAUGGGCUAUCUGCCGGUGAAGAAAGGAUCGCAUUCCUCACCACAAACCACAUCGAACUACUCGACCCGGCUUUGAUUAGACCUGGUCGAGUCGACAUGAUGGUCCGCAUCGGUGAAGCAACUCGAUACCAAGCAGGGCAGAUGUGGGAUCGAUUCUACGGAGACGUGGACACCGAUGGCGUAAAUAGAGAACGCUUCCUGGCUCGCCUAGACGAACUUGGAUUAUUCCGCGAGACCGUAGAAGGAGUACCCUCGGUCCGGACUAGCACCGCUGCUAUCCAGGGUCUCUUUCUCUUCAAUAAGAAUGACAUGGAGGGCGCCAUUAAUAUGGCCGAAGGCUUGAUUCCACAAAAGUUGGAAGCUGAACCGCAAUAAAUGUACAUCACUUGUAACAUAACUGUAUCAUAUGAAGAUACCCAAUCAAGAAAUAUAGGGAAUACCAGCAUUUGGGCACAUCAUGCUUAGAAGUAGAUAUGGAUUUACUAGUUUUAAGUGUAUGAUACAGGGUGAUGGGAGGCUGGAUUUGGGUCGUCUUGGCUUGUGCUUGAUUUCGGCACGGCUCUUGAGGUGCGUCAAUCAUAUCUGCAAAGUAACAG